CGGGAGGGUGCAGCUCAGCCAGGAAAGGGGGUUCCCGGGGCCGGGGGAGUGGUGGGCUCCCGGCCCAGCCAGUGGGCGCGGGGCAAGGGGGCCGCGGCCAGAAGCUGGUCUUUGGAGGGUCUCACCCAGGCUGGAUCCCCAAGAGGCUAGGCACUGGGGGGCUCCUUUCCUGCUCACGGGAGGGUUGGUGCUGCUUGGGGACAGACAGCGAGGUCACCUGUGCCAAGCUCCCCGGUGCACAGUGGGUGCUUCUCAGGGGCUGGUCAAGAAGGCAGGCCCGGCCUUGGUCCAAAAGGGUUUCCCCGAACCCGGCCCGGAGGUGCCCGGGGCCGAUGGCGUCUCGGGGAGGUGGAGGGCGCUGCUUUCCUCACCGAAGUGGCGCAGCGGUGAGCAGCUCAACUCGGGGGGAGGGAGGGCCGAGGUGGCCGGCCCCCUGCCCACGGCCCUGAUGCCUCCAGGUCCAGAACUUUCUCUCUUGCUGGCCCCCUCAGGCCACGCCUGGCUCCACUGGCGCCACCUACAGGCCAUGACGUGGAGGGUCCCCUCGUGCCCCUGCAGACCCAGGGCGGGGCUUCUGGGGGCCGAGGGGCACCUGGCGGGGCUGGGAGGGACGAGGGGUUCUGCCUACCCCCGGCCCGCUCUGGGCAGAGAGAGGAAGGAGGUGGCGGAGCUGCUGACCCGCCAUCAACCCCGUGCUGCUGAUUCCUAGAAACCAAGGUAUCGCCACGACCACAGCUGUCUGGGGCACUCAUCCUCCCCAGCUGAGGUCCAGGGACACCCCAUGUUGUGAGACAGGAGGAGGAGGCCACCCCAGCGUGGGCGGUGAGUCUCGAAGGAUGACAGCAGGGGCCCCAGCGGUCUGAACGGGCCCAGACCGGACCCAGAUGGGUGGUCUCACCAGCGGCCCCUGCAGGCCCACGGGGGCACCCAGAGACCCUCCUGGACGGCGCAGCUCCACAUCCCCUUGUUUGCAGCCCUGCCCCGUCCUCGGGCUCUCAGUCUUGUUUAAGGACAGAUUCAUGUUUUGACAAAGCCUCCCUCAGAGGCCCGACGUGGCGCGAGUGAGGCCCAGCCCUCCCGCGCCCUCCACACAGCUCUGCUCUAAGUCACUCAUCUGUGCCGCUGAGGCGUCGAAAAUCAAAUUGCUCUUUCAAAAAUUUUGUUGUUGCAGGACAUUUCAAAUGAUGUUUCCUAAGACGAUGUUUCAAUAAGGAUGUUCAGAUUGGACCCAAUCUCUGAUUCCUCCAAGGAUGAUGGCCAAGCAUCCCGCUGUCUCGGGCCAGGGCUGGGUGCGGCGGGGGGCAGGAGCUGGCCUCGCCAUCCCCUUCCUGCCUGCCCUCCUUCCGGGCACCCACAGGCUCAGCUUCCCCGCCGUGUGCUGAUAAACACACACGCUGGGACGUAGCCCCACUCUGGGGCGGGCAGCUGCGGUCGAGGCCCCCGCCCAGCUGGAAACCACAGUGGGAGGGGAGGGCCGGGGAGUGCAGCGGGGAGGGCAAAGGAGGGGAGAGGAGAGGAGGGGAGAGGAGACCAGAGGAGACCGCCAUGGGGCCCUGGAGUCGAGUCAGGGUGGCCAAAUGCCAGAUGCUGGUCACCAGCUUCUUUCUCUUGCUGCUGGGCCUGGCUGUGGCCGCCAUGGCUGCCCUCACCUACUUCGAGGCCCACUUUGCCGUCAUCGGCCACGCGUCCUCAGGGAGGACCCCCUACGAGACCAUACGCCGCUGGGCCUUCUCUGCAGGGAUCAGCCUGGCCGGGCUCCUGACCCUGGCGGCCGUGCUGGGCACUGCAGCCACUGUGAGAGAGGCCCUGGGCCUUAUGGCAGGGGCCUUCCUGUGCUCUGCCCUGGUCUUCUGCGCCCUGGUGCAGGUGGCCUUCUGGAGGUUCCACAGCCCCACCCAGGUGGAGGAUGCCGUGCUGGACACCUACGACCUGGUGUAUGACCAGGCGGUGAAGGGCUCGGAUGGCAUCUGGCGGCAGGAGCUGGUGGCCAUCCAGGACACGUUUCUGUGCUGUGGCAAGGGCUCUCCCUACGGCCUCCCGGGGAGCUCAGAAGCUGACCUGUGUCGGGGAGAGGCGGCUGCAAGACAGGGGCCCCACCGCCUCCCCCAGGCGUCCGCCAUGCUGCUCAGCGCCUUCCUCUGGUUCGCCAUCCACUCGGGCUGCAACUUGGACCGCAGAGGCAAAUACACCCUCGGCCUGCGGGCCCGUGGCUGCCGGCCCCAGGAGCCCAGAUUCUCCGGACGCUACCAGCAGAGGCCUGCAGCUCACCACCCAUCUAAAGCGGAUGCUCUCAGGGACCACCUGGGUCCCAGCAGACAGUCGGGGGGCCCUCGGCUGCUUCAGGACACCCCCCUACCCGCCCACAGAGGCAGAGACGCCCCAGCCUCGUCCCGCCUGUGAGCCUCAGCAGGAGAGGAUGCGCUGUCUUCCUCCACAUCGUGGUGGGAGGGGGAGGGCAGGGACCCGGCCAGAUGUGAGGGACCAGGGAUCCCUCACAGACUCCAGGAACAGGCUGGGCAGGAAGCAGGGGGCAGGCUGAGCUGGGCUCUCCGCCUUGAGUCUCACAAGGUCAAACCCAGGGUGGGUCGGGCUGGAUGACCCUUCUCUGCGCAGCUGUGGCACCGAGGCCCCCCCUUUGCCGGCUGUCAGGGGGCCGCCCUGCUCCCCGAGACCGUCCCCCUCCUUCUCACGUGCCUCCAUCCUCAAGUCAGCGUGGCAAGCCGGCUGCUGCGAGACUUCCUCUGACACCCCUGUCCAGUGGCCGGAGAGCUCUCGCUGCUUUCAAAGGCUCCGGUGGCUGCAUGAAGGCCACCGGGUCACCUCCCUGUCAUAAGGAGAAAUCACAUUUUCUGUGAUGCUGUGUUCACAGAUCCCAGGGAUUUAGUCAGGGCACUGGGGUGGGGGACGCAUUUGAGAAAUUCUGCCACAGCCUCUCCCACCCGACCUCCAACCACCUGCCUGGUGAGUUCUCUCUUAACCAACUGUCCCAUGGUUUGCAUCCUCUGCUCAAAACCCAAAGUCCUGAGUGGAACACCCAAUGGCCCAGCCUAGGCCAAGGCCCCAGCACGGCUGACAGAGGAAGAGGGAACGUGGGGCCCUUUGACCUUCCAGAGCAGGAGCUCAGCCCUGCCCCGGCCAGCACCACACAAAGCCAGCCCCUUCACCCUAGAAGCAGCCUCCUGGGGCAGGCGGGGAAGGGGGACAGAGUGACAGACGCCCACUGCACCCCACCCCUUGUGUUUCCAGUCACACGCACUCCCCUCCCACACUUGCACUUCCAAAACCAAGGCGGCUCCCGCACAACAUCGAGCAGCAGCUGCCCCACAUCCGGAGUUUCACAGGCCUCGCCCCGGAGGGAGGAGCCCCAAGUCUCCUGGUUCUGCGCUGGGUGGCCAUCCGGCCCCGGGGGUGUGCGCCCCUCUCCUGGGCCCGUUCUCAACUUACUGAAUAAACUUUGCAGAAGCACCAGCUCUACACCCUGGGUGCAAGGGCUGCUCCUUCCCCGAAGGGCUGGCAGGCUCCCCGGCUCCACCCCUCCCCCGUUCCAAGUUCUCUCGCUGGUCUGAGUGCAUCUCCUGCUGGGUGAACCCAGCCCUCGCUUCAGGGGAAGGCCUUUGUCCAGUGGCCGCCCCCUGCCACCAACUUUUAUUACCAGGUGCGCAGAAAGAGGAGAGACCAAGGGGACGCUGCAGCGCACCCACACUGGGUAGCAGCGCCUUGUUUUCUCUUGAUAGGGUCACCUGGCCGUCACCACGGACAGCCCCUCUGUGGUCUCUUAGCUCAGGGGCGGAGGAGCCCCAGGUGAGCCAGGUGGGAGCCCCAGUUCCAACUCAAAGACACUGGUUUCUUUCAGUGCGUUCCUUUGCUGGUGACUAAAACCUCUACACCAGAAGAGUGGAGGCCACCAGGGCCCAGAGGCAGACUUUUGGGAUUGGCUCGUUCAUUCUAAUCACAAGAGGUGUCCCCCACCCCCGUGUCCUGCUCUGGGGAAAUGGUGCCGUGGACGAGCACGUCCUGCAGGACACAGCGCAGGGUCGCGGGGCUGUCCCGUGGCCAUGGCUCUAGAUGAUGCCCGAGGCCAGCCCGCCACCCACAGCGUCACUGCUUUGGAGGAGCAGGGUAAACGGCAGCCGUCGGGAAGCCCACAGGCAUCCCCGAUUGCCCGUUCCUUCGGCUGUAAAGUCAGUUCCUUGGCCAGAAACGAUGGUGCCUGGGGGACCCAGACGUAAAGAAGGCUUUAAGUAAGUAAACGGGGCACGUGCGGGCGCAGGCGGGGAGCAAAGCCCAACCCAGUGAGGGCCAAGUUCCGUGGGAACAGCCACCCCCCUCCCCCGUGAAGGGGGACCCUGGUGCUUGCUGUCCGGUCCACGUGGCGGGGCGCCCAGGCUGGACAGGACUUCUGGGGGCAGCUGGGAGGCUGGUUCCACGUGAGAUUAGCACCUGAAGGGGUGGGCUCAGGAGAGCAGAUGGCCCUCCCCCUAGUGGGUGGGCACCGUCCAGUCCACCCAGGGCCCGAGGGGAACGCAAGGCGGAGGGAGGGAGGACGUGCCCUUUCCUGCCCCACCCACCUCAUGCUCUCCUGUACCCAGACCAGGGUUAUACCAUCCACUCCCCGGGGGCUCAGGCCUCCAGACUCAGCCUGAGGGACAUCACCACACUGGCCUGCCUGGGGCUCUGCUUUGCAGAUGGCAGGUCAUUCCCAGCCUCCAUCACCAUGUGCACCAAUUCCUCAUAACACAUCUUCUAUAGAGAGAUGGGUAGGCAGAUAAACAGAUGAUAAUGGGUGGAUGGAUGGAUGGAUGGGCGGAUACAGAGACAGGUAUCUCCCUGGUUCUGUUUCUCUGGAGCAUUCUGGCCAAUACAGGGCUCAAAGUUAGUGAACCUGCUGGCAGGUGUCCUGUGAAGAUGCCAGGUUGCAGUGCAGAAUUGGACGCUGCUGCGACAAAUCGGGCAUCUGGCUAUAGGGGUGUCCAGGUGAAACUCGGUGGCUGGACCCAUGGGAGGCUUCCUUUAUGUCCUCUGUCAGCUUUGCACAAGGCCACUGGGCGGCAUGAGGGUGGCUGGGAAGAGACUGCCUGCCUGCCACGGGGGUGCAAGAACCUUACAAGGAUCCAGACACCCCACCUCACUGGGCAAUGGGGAGCUGCCAGGCCUGCCCAGCUACGGGACCCAGUGGACAAAUGACACUGACUUCAGGACGGGCAGUUCAGGUCACCCUCUCCCUGGGCCCAGAGGGGAGCCAAAUGCUGAGUCACAACAGGAGGUGAGGUCCUUGCAAGGAGUGUGACGGUGCCCCUCGCAGGACUGGCUCUGGCACUCUCCAUCGCAGCUUUGUAGCCACCACUGGGGCCGUGGGGUCUCUGGGUCGCAAGGACCGAGCCAUGUGGCCACUAGGGCACCUCUGCUGGCUCUGCACCUCGCACAAAGCCAGCCACCCAACACGCUACCUGGAUGCAGGUAGGGGCAGAAGGGCAGAUGCCCAAACUCUGGAAGCGCUGUGCACAGGUGACCAAGGCCCGGAGGGGACACACCUGUGUUCACUGGACCCAGAGAGGACUUCCGUUUUCACAGGAUUUACUUCUCACUCUGCGACGGUGAUUUUCACCCAAGUGACCUGCCACUUCCUCCUCCAAGUUCCAUCAGCACAUGUCUAGGGGGUGGGGUGGCAUCGGGUAGACGAGUG